CAGCAUGACGCCCCCAGCAAAUCGUCCCAACGUCCCCCUGACGCACAUGCCCCAGCAAGGGAAUAUCUGGGCUGCUGAAGAUGACUGGACCGGAGUGACAGAUCGACAAAGACGACGACGGCUGCAGAACCGGUUGAACCAACGGACCUAUCGCAUGAAACGUAAGGCUGCCGCCAAUGACACAUCACCAUCUCGUCCGGCGACAGAGUCCUCCCCUGCAAUGCCAUCCACGUCGAGCCAUGUAGUCCAGCGCACUGCUUAUCCUCUCAGCCACGCCGCAGAUCCAGACGAUAAUGAUCUCGACUGUCCGCUCUUCCCCCCCGGUGCCCUGCAAUUCCGGCGCCACUUUGAAGCCAUCGCCCACCGAAGCUUCCUGAUGGGCUCACCCCAGGUUGAGCACCUAAUCAGCCUGCAUCGACUAAACGUUCAUCGCGCGAUCAACGAAAAUAUCCGCGCCAUCGGCAUGACCCGGGAGUGGAUGAAGCCGGACGAUGCGCUAUCCAUAUUCAACCUUCCACUUCCCCUACCAGGGAACUACGAUGAAGAGCAAAUUCCUGCCAGUUUGCGCCCGACAGUCAUUCAGCGGUUGGUGCCGCACCAUCCCUGGCUAGAUUUCUUUCCUUUUCCCCGGAUGCGGGAUCUGAUGAUUUUGGCGGGAGAUAAUCUGGAUGAAGAUGAUUUGUGUCAUGAUCUGAUGGCGUUCUGGGAUACCCGGAAUACGGGAGCAACAUUGGUGGUCUGGGGUGAGCCGUGGGAUCCACAGAACUGGGAGGCUACGGAGGAGUUUGUGCGCAAAUGGCACUGGUUGCUGGCGGGGUCACCGGAGCUGCUUGUGUCGACGAACUUUUGGCGGGCGAAGAGGGGGGAUCGGCCUUUAAAUUGGCGACCGUUGCUGCGAUUUAAUCAAGUGAUGCUUGCAAAGUAAUGGCGGAAGUGAGAAUUUAGGGCUUAGAUGGAUUUCAUGUCGUAAUGAGAAUGCGGGCAGGGCGCUAAUGUGAGCGGCUUACGCCGAACCAUAGGACUAGAACUUAGCCAAUAAGUGGGGAAGGGUCCUAGACGU